AUGAAGGGUCCCGCAACACAAAAGCGAGCCAUUAGUGCUCGCGAGAUCCUGCGGAUCACCACAAAUUCAUUACCCGAUGUAGAAAGCUUCCUUGAAGAUGACCGGACAGCUUUAAUCGCUGGGAUCUGCUUGGCCGAAGAUCAACGAGACCCGCGAACAGUUUGCCUGUGGAUUAGUCCAGCUCGACAACGACGUCCGACUCCUGACAUGAUCUUUACUCGCCUGCUCGCCAUCCGGUUCCUUGCAUUAGAAUACGAGGAUUGGCUAAGACAACGGGACAAGUUGGAGAGCGAAUUUGAUAGCAGGCGUCCGGACAACCACGGCCAGUGCAAAAUUUUCAUAAGGGAGAGCCGUCUACUGGACACAUCACAGACUCGAGGUUGGCUUGAGUAUGGGCAGAAGCUGCUCAGGUUAGAGCGGAGGACAGGGAAUGUAGGGAUUACCCUGGCAAUGAUGUUUGCCUUCCCGAGGUUCCCCCAUUUCUACGACGGUGAAAUUGAGCACGCCAUCCACCUGCUCAACCAAGUCCAGUACCAGGAUGUCAUGAAAUUCGCAAGGAAAAUCUCGGAAGAGUUUGUAAAAUACACCAUUUUCUACCGCAAACGCAUGGGUUUGUCUGAUCAAGUCCUAUUGAAGGGCCCGAUGACUGACUUCAUUCAGAUAUUUUGUUUGAAAGCCUAA